AGUUGUUUGGUCAUUUUGUGAACGAUGGACCCUCAACAUGGUGAAUGAAGGUGUUUCGUACUUUACGAAGAAUUGGGCACCCUUUUGAGAAUUACAUAAUCAUUUGCUGAAACAAAGAUGGCAAUGCGAAACCUUGUGGAAGGGGAGUGUGGAGGGGCCAACUCCUUGAUGAAGUUGACAAGUCAUUUCACUCAGGACAAGGCAAUGAGACAGGAAGGGCUUGUACCUGGUAGACCACCAUCACAUCUAGGAGUGGCAAAUCGUCCAAUCACCGAAAUCUCUGAGCAUGAGAUGGUGAAUGAGUUUCUGUCGGGUCCACGGACAUCCAUGGCCCCACAAACGUUCCACAUGGGAGGACUACUACAGGAGAUGAGGGAGAUUGAGGAGGCGGAACUGAAAUACGCCCCUCAACGAGCCCUAGGAAUAGCAGAGUUGGCCUCACAAGAUAGUUGGGCCUCUGAGUUUCUGACUGAUGGUAAGGAGUCUGGCCACCAUGAAUGGUCAGAUGAGUAUAUGUCCCAGAAACCAGCGAUUCUACCUCCCACAGAUGUUAAAUGGGCUGAAGACUAUCUCGACCAAUCCGAGCACAGGCCCUGGACAGAAGAAUUUGAGAAAGAGUUGAUAUUGGAUGAUACCAAGUGGGUUGACGAUUUCAACACAGAACAGUCCAACGAUGCUGAGUUAUCUCAGACAGCCAAAGAAUUUGUAGGAAGUAUCGACGACCCCAAACUUUCUAACUCUGAGUUUAUGAAGUUUGUGAAGAGGAUAGGCGAUGGAGAAAUAACGAUAAAAGAUAACGAAGUUGUAGAGAAAUCUCCUAUGGAUCGGGCCGACGAUUGGGCCCAGGAGUUUGUGACACAUCAGACUGCUGGGAAGUCUGUUGUUGACCAAUGGGAGGAAGAGUUUGCAGAGAUGGCAGGAAGUAGAAACACAUCGGAUGAGGACUUCUGGGAAAAAUUACAACAACAUUGGGAGGACGUGGAUAAAACUAGAGAGGAUGGCCAUCCUUGGCUGACAGAGUUUGAACAGUCAGAACCAUAUAAGGAAUAUGAUUUUGAAAAAGAAAACCCCCUUCUUGACCACCCAGACCCCUUCCAGGCAGGCAAGGAGAAACUGAAUGAGGGAGAUAUCCCUAACGCUGUCCUGCUGUUUGAGGCAGCUGUUCAGAAAAAUGACCAACACAUGGAGGCAUGGCAAUAUCUUGGUACAUCACAAGCCGAGAAUGAACAGGAACCUGCAGCUAUUGCUGCUCUCAAACGGUGUCUGUCCCUGAGUCCUGACAAUUUGACUGCCCUGAUGUCCCUGGGUGUGAGCUACACAAACGAGUCCCUUGCCACUCACGCCUGCCACGCCCUGAAGGCCUGGCUGAAACACAACCCCAAAUACACGGCCCUGAUCCCAGGACAGCUGGAUGAGGAACCCAAAGUCUCCUCAUAUGUGUCGAGUGCGGAACACGGAGAAGUAAAGGACUUAUAUAUACAGGCAGCUCGGCUGUUUCCUCAAGAUAUAGAUGCUGAUGUGCAGAGCGGCCUGGGAGUGCUGUUUAACCUCAGUGGGGAGUAUGACAAGGCUGUGGACUGUUUCUCUGCUGCUCUACAGGUCAGGCCUAAGGAUGCGUUGCUAUGGAACAAGCUAGGUGCUACCCUUGCCAACGGUAACCGUAGUGAGGAGGCUGUGGAAGCUUAUCAUCAUGCCCUACAGAUAGCGCCUGGCUACAUACGGUCACGGUACAACCUUGGGAUAGCCUGUAUCAACCUAGGAGCUCACAAGGAGGCAGUGGAACAUUUCUUGACAGCCUUAAAUAUGCAGAGUCAAAGCCACGGACUGAAAGAUCCACAGUUUGUUAUGUCAAAAAACAUUUGGAGUACACUACGUAUGGCUGUGUCCUUGAUGGGGCGACCUGACCUUUAUGAAAUCUGUGAUAAAAAUGACUUAGAACGAUUGAAACAAGAAUUUGGCGUGGGAUCUUGAUAUCAGCAAUGCUCAGUGUCAGAUGGUAUCUGUAGGACUUCUGGGACAAAACACAACGCUCAAGACAGUCUGGAAUGUUUGCCAGGAGUCCUACGUCUGAUGCUCAGCGACUGAAGGAAAAACUUUGACGAUGAUGCUGGUGUUUGUUAUUAUAGUUAGUCAGUUAGUCUGACUGGAACUGUGAAACAUCUAUGUGUAGAUGUUACCGUGGACCUGUGGAACAUCUGUGUGUAGAUGUUACCAUUGAUCUGUGGAACAUCUGUGUAGAUGUUACUGUGGACCUGUGGAACAUCUGUGUGUAGAUGUUACCGUUAGAUGCAUGUUACCAUUGACCUGUGGAAUGGCCAUUUAUGAAUGCUUCAGUUGUUUUAGGACAUCAUCUCUAUUUUAAGUUAUAAUUGGUUUUAAGAGAUAAUUAUCCAAGACACAAUGAUAACGAAAAAAAGGUUCAUGUUAUUUCAUUUCAUUUUGUUUUUAUAUGUACUAGUAAUUUUCAGGCAGUGAUGAUGUCUGAUCAAUUGAGUUAUGAAAUCUUGCCUGUCAAUUAACAUGUGUCUUGCUGUCAUCAUUCACAAAACCGACCUCCCAUCACCCUCCCUCCUCCCCACCCCACUACACAUUCAGUUGUAACUACCAUCUUAAUUAAGAUUUAACCUAAGAGAUAUACAUGAAUAUAAUAUAGAAACAGUUUUGCUGACUACUGGUUUACCUCCCUUUAGAUAAAUAUGAACUUUUGUUUUACAAUUAUGAAACAUUUUUUUUUAACUUAUAUCAAUCAUUCUUGUGGACAAAAAAUUGUUGAAACUAAAUAUUUGCAUAUUUAAUUGGAGAUCCUGGAUUAGUCUUAUUAUUUGUCAGCUUUGUUUUUUAUUAUUUUUCGUUUAGACUCUGGACAAUCUGUGCUGGGAUGCAAAUAUGAUAGCGUUAAAUAUUAAUAAUGUUUUAAUAUCGUGCAUUUUCUGAAAAGCAUUUUUCAAGAUCUCAAAAUUUGACACAAGUCCUAUACUAUUGAAAUCUAAGCCUUGUGAAGGAAAAUCAUGAUAAAACAGUAUAUAUGUAGUCAAAAUAGGACAAAGGCUAGUCAUCUAGUCAAUUAUGUCAAUUUAACACCGUUUUAAGCACUAUAUGCUUCUUAAGGCGUAUCCUUGUAGAAUCAUCGGUCCGGAAACACAAUAUUUCCUAGCUAGUGUUCAUCAUGUCCGAGUCUUUGGUGUUGCCCUGUAAGAAAUUCGGUCACAAUUUGUGUCAGAUUUUGAUUUGAAUCAUCAGGGUCCGGACAUCUGAGUUUGUAUUGUGUCUGUCCAUGUCCAGAGCUUUGUUUGAUUGGAAUCCUGGUCUGACCUAUUGCAUUUGUCCACUAUCUGACUCACACUUGCAAUUGCCUGUAUCUACAUGUGGUGUUGAUAGUUUUUCUGAUGCAACUUCUCACAUUACAGGUAGAUCCUGUAUUUCUCAUCAGAUCAGUAUAAAAAAAAUAUCAUAUUUUCUUCCUGCAGAUCAUGAAGACUUCAUGUUUUAUAUAUUAUGGUAUGUUAAUUCAAACAUUUUAGAUUCAUAAUUCUAUACAUCUCUUUAUAAUGCCAAAUGUUUACCUGUCAGAUGUGGCAGUAUAACAAGGUUAUGCUGUUUAUGUACAGCCCUGUACUUGUUAUGUUACCGGUCAGAUGUGGCAGUAUAACAAAGUUAUGCUGUUUAUGUACAGCCCUGUACCUGUUAUGUUUAUUUUAAUGUCGGAUUUACCUGGUAAAGGUAUUGUACAUGUAUAAGGGCAAGUUUCUAAUGUGAUCACUAUCCAAGAGUUACUUAAUUACGAUAAACAGUUAAACUUGUGAUAUUUAUGUAGUCUUUGGUAAAUGUGGCUAAACUCAUAUUUGCCAGAUGUUUUAAAUAAUUAACAGCCUCAGCGAUUAAUUAAUUAGAAAAGUAAUUAAACACGCUAUAUUUUUUUGGUAAUGAAUAUGGAUAUCCAAGAUAUUUCAAAUACCAGUUAUUAUAUUUGAUUGAUGGUUUUUAUUCAGUAAUCAGUUUAAAAGGAAAAACAUAUUUACAUGGUAGCAUUUAGUGUUGUUUGUCCUUUAAUUUGAUUCAAAUGUGUAUGGUAAUUUAUGAAUGAAUGAAGUCUACUAAAUUUGACAAAUUGCAGGUUUUAAAAUUCAAUUAACUGUCCGAGUGGCCUGAUCACAUGCUGUGCAGAGGAAUACACCUAAAUGUUAUGUGUAUACAAAUCAUGAAUUAAUUGAAUACAAGUUUAUCUUUACCAAUGGU